AUGAAAAAUAAAGCUUUACAUAAAUGUAUAAGUGAAAACAAUCCAUGUAAAAGAGUAAAUGAAUUAUCAGCUCCAUGUAAUCAAACUUUACCUAUUCCUACAGGCAAAGAGUCUACAUACCAAUUAUCAACUGAUGGAAAUGGAAGUGCUUGUAAUUGCAAUCAAUUGUAUUAUGAUUCUUUAAGGUCAUGUACUCACUGUAUGGAAAGUCAAGAUCAUGAAGUGUUUAUUCAACCAUUAAAUGAGUGGAAAAAUGCUUGUAGUCAGUUGGGAACCAAUUUUACUGAGUUUCCGCCAUCAUAUCUAAUGCCAUCAUCUCAAUUAGAUGGUGGAAAUUCGACUCAGAUUAUGUCCCUUUAUGACGCUAAUAAUACCACCCUUGAUAUACUAAUUGUAAUCUGUGUGUUUGAAACCGUAUUAAUCAUAACUGGAAUUGGUUUUUGUAUAUUUUACCGACUGCGUCGUCAUAAAAAUAGUACUAUUAAAUCAAAAGAGCACGAUAAUUCAAAAACAAGCAUGCUAAAAAAUGAUGUUUCAAGUACGCCAAAUACUGAAAAUCAACUAGAUCAACAAUUAUUGUUUCAACAAUUUUUACAAUUUUUACAAUUUCAGCAACAAAUUCGUUCGCAAAGAUUAUUACAUGAUGAAAUAACUCCAAUUUGA